AUGUAUUCAUGUAUUUCCCUGCUAAAAUAUUUAUUUUGCAUGUCAAUUCUUUCAAAUUGCAUGGCAGAUAGAGCAAAUGAUGUUCAAAAAGCUUUAAGUUAUUACAAGAUUAAUGAAACGUGUGUCUUCAACGAAACAGAAAUCAACUCAAAAACUAUCAAAAAAUUUCCCAAGUGUGAUAGAGUUUAUGGCAUCAUUUUCAUUGAUUCAAAUACUGAUUUAACAGUUUUUCAAUUGAAAGAGGCAUUCAAAUAUAUGAAGAGUCUAGUUGGCGGCCUUAUGAUUGAAGACACUACAAAUCUGACAAAUCUCAACAUUUUCGCAACAGAAAACUCUUCCUUUUGGAUUGCGUGUGCUACAUAUGGAGUAUUCAUACGGAACAACACACAAUUGGUAGACUACAGUAUACUUGACAAAAUUCAUUUGUAUAAACCAUCUAAACGUGAGGAAUGUGAAUAUCGAAUUGAGAAUAACCCUAAACUUGACGUUUCUUGUGAAGACAACAAUUUAUAUACGUAUACGUAUUUACAAGUGACAGGAAAUUUGAGAGAUUGUGGAUGUCAAGGUACAAUAAGAAAUGUAUCUUCUCCAGAACAUUAUGAGACAUGUAAUACAUUAUAUGGCGGCUUGCAGCUAAAUUCAACCUCAAAUAUAUCAAAUCUACCAAUGUUAAGAAAUGUCAUAACUAUGAAGGGAUUAAUUAAUAUCGAAAACACCAGCAUUCAAGAUCUAUCAUUUUUUCAAAGUCUGACAACUAUAAAAUAUCGAAAUGUAGAAUCUGUUGUAAUCAAUCUUCGCAAUAAUUCACAGAUGACACGAUUAGGAAUGGGGUUGCCAAAUCAGGAAUUUUCGGACAUUUCUAGUGUAUACAAUGGCCAAGAAUAUACCCUGGUAAACUUUGAAAACUUGCAUGGAGAUUUUUGCUUGACAAUCUCGGAAGUUAUUUUUUAUUUCUGGUUUUGCACACUUUCCGUAAAGAAUUUCCAUGCGAAACUUUGUGACGAGCAAGACCCAAAACAUGUUAUAUGUCACUUUGAAUCGUUGAAAUCGUUACCGAACAAUUGUGAUGUAAUAAUUGGAAAUUUGAUAAUUGAUGCUGGCGAUGAAGAAUUUAUUUCAAAAGUGAAAGCUACCAAAUAUCUGAUUGGAACACUGAUAAUAAGAAAUACAAAUCUGAAAAAGAUUGAUACUUUGUCUGAAUUGCUUCUGAUUUGUUCUUUUAAUGAUGCUGUGCCACUCGUUCAAAUACAUUCGAAUAAACAAAUGAAAAAAGCUAAUUUGGGAAGAGUGAUCAAUCUGGUAACAGGAGGUGAAAGAAUCGCCAUUAUCCAAGAUAAUCACCCGGAUUUGUUCAAAUCAAGGGAAUGCGACUUAUUUCCUUACUUAUACACUUUUGUUAAUUUGACAUAUAUCGGAGGAAACUGUGGAGAAAGAGUUAAUAUUACAUUUUCAAUUGCAACACCACUCUCCAUUAUUUCAGCAUUCAUUUUGUCAAGUUUAGCUUAUGCAAUUAAUUUUUAA